AUGAGCAAUAUCUUUAACUCUUCUUUCAACUCAACGGAGACGGUGUCUGGCACUGAAGUUCCCUUGGGCUUUAUUUAUGCCGCGAAGAAUCUAAGUGUCCUACAUGCGUCGGCGGUGGUGGCAAUCACUGCUGUACUCUUAGGCGGAUUUGAAGCUGGUCGCAAAUUCCUGCUCCGCAUUUUCUGGUUCUUUGAUCGUUUGCUCGGCGGUGCUCCUCAUACAGUAGACCUUCCAGGCCCUCCUGGUGUUCCGGUCUUCGGAAACCUUCUGGAGUUACAAAACGGACAUGUCACGAAGAUUGCCGAGUGGACCAAGAAGUAUGGAGAUGUAAUUCGAGUUUCCCUUGGGGAGCGUGAAGCGGUAUUCAUAAAUAGUCACAAGGCUCUCGCGCGGACCGUUGUUCAGCAGGGUCCUGCCUACCAAUCCCGUCCAACCUUCAAACUGUUCCACAAUGAUUACGCAUCGAACGGAAUUUGGACUGUUGGAACUUCACCCUUCAGCGAUCGUCUUGCUCGGACUCGGAAAGCUCUUUCCACCCAGAUCGCUCCCCGCCUUCUUCCUGUGUACACUCCCGUCAUUCACCCAAAGCUUAAGAAGCUUUUCGGCGAGAUUCUGGAAUUGAGCAAUGGUCCUGCUCUUGACAUGGCUGAGAAGCUUCACCGGUUCGGUACUGGCCAAGUUUCCGAGCAGCUCAUGGGUACACCUCUCGAUGACGAGGUUGUAGGAAUGCUCGCUGAAAACGAGACAAACAUUUUCCGUCAGCGCACUAUUGGAUCGCCUGCUCGUGAUUACCUUCCUGCUUUGCGGGGCGCGGGCUGGCUCCGAUACGUAGCCGGGAAGUCGCUCGGUAUCAGCAGCUGGACAUACGAUGACAAAGAGGAGAAAGCGCGAGAGUAUCGCCAGAAGCAACAGGCCUAUAUCGGUAAGAUGCUCGACGGUCUCAGAGAUCGCGUUGCAUCCGGUGAUCAAACACCUUCGAUCCUAGGCAACAUUAUCCGCCAGGGUCUUCUCAAAGAUGAAGAGAUCCUGCUGGCUUCGUACACUGGUAUUGCUGCUGGUGUCAAUCUUGGCUAUUCACUUACCUGGAUCAUCGGAUACCUCGCCCAUCGCCCCGACUUACAGCAGAGCGGAUAUGAUGCUAUCCAAAAGGUUUAUAAUGGCGAGCCACCCAAGCCUCAUGACUAUGAUCGCGUUGAAUUCGUCAAAGCGCUCCACACGGAAGGGUCUCGUAUCUACACACCGGUGCGUCUCGGAUUCCCCCGCGAGACGCUUGAUGGCGCCAGCUACGACGGCCACAAAAUUCCUCGCGGCAUGCUUGUCAUUAUGAACCUAUUGGCUGGCAACCGUGAUCCCGACUCGUUUGACCGCCCUGAUGAAUUCCUUCCUGAGCGUUGGUUGAACGGUUGUAAGGGACGCACGGAUCUCCAAUACGAAGGCGGUGAUAAGUUGGGUGUCACACACUUGACAUAUGGUGCUGGUCGUCGUGUCUGUCCAGGAAUUGACAUGGCUAACCGUGGACUCUACUCAACCCUGGUACUACUCUUGCAUUUCUUCACCUGGGAGCGCCAGCCACUUGGGGAGGAGCAAAAGAAGCACGUCUUCCCUCCAUUCCGUGCAGAGCGCGAAUGCUCCCUUGAGAUGGACGCUAUUGCAGACACCGCAACACCAACGGAGGCACAAGCCAUCCCAUGGUCGGCUGGUAUUAAAUUCCACUGCCGCGAUCCAGAUGCCCUCCGCGCAUGGCUUGCGUCUGACAAGCAUUAA